CUCACCUUGGAUUGUUUCACUUCUCUCCCCGCUGCGCGUUCCCCGCACUAUCCUGUUUCUGGCCUCUUUGGCGCUGCAGUAUUUCUCAAAAUGCCUCCUGCACGAGAUGCCAUGGCUCACCGCGGGGAUGACGAUGAGGUGUGCCCUGUCUGCAAAUCCUCUCGUUACCUGAACCCGGACAUGCGAUUCCUCAUCAAUCCAGAAUGCUACCACAAGAUGUGUGAGUCCUGUGUGGACCGGAUAUUUUCCUCGGGCCCGGCCAACUGUCCCGUCGCGGGCUGCCACAAGACCCUGCGCAAGAAUCGGUUUCGGAAGCAGACGUUCGAGGAUAUCAAUGUGGAAAGAGAGGUAGACAUUCGACGCAGGGUGAUGCAGGUGUUCGUCAUCAACAAUAUAUCUCCUCUGAACCGCCGCGAAGAAGAGUUUGACUCGAAACGAGCCUACGAUGACUUUCUCGAACAGCGUGAAGAGAUAAUCGCGAAUCUCGUCCACGGCACGGAUGUAGCGAAGACAGAGGGUGAUCUACAAAGAUAUGCUUCAGAGAACAUGCGGUCGAUUCGCGCCAACCAAGCCCUUGAAGCGCAAGAGGCCUCGUCCUUCCGAGAACAGCAGACACAAGAGCAAGAGCUGGCACGUCUUCGGCGAGAGGCGGCACGGCAGGAAUAUGAGAAUGAGCGUAAGGAGUUACUCGCCGGCCGGGAAGACGUUCUCAGUCGUCUUGCUGCAGGUCGACCGGGCGACGCAGCGGCUAUCGCUCGCGAGGGUCAAAAGGUCUUACUCAAGAAAUCCUCUGCUCGUCGUAGUGAGGAGGAUCGGAUCCGACAGAAGCAGGCUGCAUUGCGCAACUCGGACGCCAGGAAAGCCGGACAGGGUACCCUUGCGACCGACCGGGCAGAUGAUAGUGGUGCUUCGAGCCUCAUCAAAGGUCUUAAGAAGAUUAAAACUCCCGAGCCCGAGAAGCCUUACGAUCCUUUUGGUGGGCUGGUUCCCAACAAGAGGGACUAUUAUACUUUGCGCGACUAUUACCCGAACAGCUACCUCGACCCCAUCCGACAGGACACUCGUAUGCACGCAGGCGGAUACGACCUUCAAGAAUACUACUCACGUACUCUCAUGGAAGCUUUUGCGGGUUUGGGCUGCUUCCUUGACGAAGAAGUUUCCAAACGAGAUAUUGCAAAUACCUCAGAUAUCUCGAGACCUGUCGCUGCUGAAGGGUCUGCAUUGGCGGCAGUCUCAGGUGCAGGCGCUCCGGAAGGGAGCUCGUGA